GAGCUCAACAAAACCACAGAUGUCAUGGACCAAGACAGCAAAAACGAAGUGAGUGACAUUUACCAUUUUUGCACAUUUUCUAACAGUUCCAAAAAUGGUUGGAUUAAUGCCAGUUUACAAGGCAUACUGAAUUUAAAUUUGACCAGAAAGUGCCUUUCUCAGAAUGCCCAGAAGUUUUUUGAAUUAUCAUCAGCCACACCAUUGUGCGCCAACCUCAUUUAUACAGCAGUGUACAAUCCGGGAAAACAUUUUUCCCCACUGCAAAUGUCCCAAGUUCAGGUGGAACUUAGAGAAAGUGAACUGUCGACAGACUUGGGGAAUGACUACCAAACCUCAUAUUUACUGGAAGCUGUUUUGGAUUGGUUAAAUUUAAGUGUCAGAGACAUGGACAUGCUUACAAACAGUGAGAAGACCUGCAGAAAAUGGUGUUGGCUGGAUAAGAGUAAGGAAAUUCAUUGUUCAAACUGCAAGUCAGUUUUCAAGAGGAAACAUUUUCUGAGUAAAAAUGAAGUCAUAGUCCUGUUCCUGCAUCGGUCGGCCAGGUGUUGGAGUGCAACAGUGAUUGCAAAUCCAACAAUUGACGUGCCAGGACAAAACGGAAUUCAUCAGUACCAUCUUUCAUCCAUAAUCUGCCGUGAUCCUGAGCUGAUAAACUUCUACACCUACCUGAUCCGCGGACAACACGUAUUCAAGGCCGAUGACAACCAGGUUAUUACAGCAAGUGGCCAAUGGAUGGACGACAUUAAUGAAAGGGGCUUUGUCUACAUAUAUGAAAAGCAAAAAUCAAGUGCCCCAUCUUUCCCAGCUCUCCCUCUCCAGGCUAGUUUUUUACGGCAGCAAGAAUCUUUAAUGGAGGUUGUAGAAAACAUGACAGAAACUGCUAUAGAGGGAGGAGGAACUAUUGUUAGAGAGAAAGAAAAUGAACUUAUUCACCAAAACGGUACAUAUUUAUCGGAAUAUAUCCAUAAGAAUAUAUAUAGAUUGCAGUCACUGUUGUUCAUUUUAUUUUUACUUUGCGUUCUUCUCGUAAUUAUUUGCUUUUUUGAUUUUUACAUGUUUGUGUUUUUUCUCAUUUCUGUUUGUGGAGUGACUUUAGUGUUGACAACAUUCGGCCAAGUAUUGGAAGCUGUAAAUUAAUUGUAAAUUCAAUUUAAACGUUUUUACCUGUAGUAAUUCAAUUUCUAGUUUCGGUUAAAAAAUACUUCCUGGAUCCCACAGAAAAUUUAAUUUUCAUCAAGAUUCUUCAAAAAGCCAUUGAAGACAAGACAAUCGGAUGAAGAUGAUGGACAGGAUUGUCCCUAAUUUUCUUGAUCCUAUGAAGAAUCUUCCUCUGCAUGAUCAUCUCCAGAGGUUUCCCAGAACAGAACCAGUCUUCUUUAACAAGGUGUUGAGUGUUUUUAGGUCUCUGGCUCUGAUGCUGCUCCAGUCCAGUCUGUGGUCCAGAUGAACACUGAGGUGUUUAUAUCCCUCAACCACGUUCAUUUCUUCUCCCAUGAUGUAAACAGGUUUGAUUUAAUCCUGAUCCUCCAGAAAUCAACAAUCAUCUCUUUUAUUUGUUUCAGGUUCUUUCUCAGGAUUCUUCCAUCAGUCCACAAAGAUUUUGUGCAAAUUUCAUAAUGGAGGAAAGUUGGAA